UCUGGUCGGCAAACCAAGGCUAAGGUGUUCUGUUCCUCUCUCUAUUUAUCUCACUGUGUGUUGUGUGUUUCUGCCUCUUGUCUCUGUCUGUCGCCAUUCUCAUGAAACUCUCUCUCUCUCUCUCUCUCUCUCUCCAUAAAUUCCCUCUCAACUCCUCUGUUCUUUCUCACCCACAAGUCAGUUAAACAGUUUUAUGUUGUGUAAAAGGCCAACACAACCAACCAUCACUCAUUCUGUACCUUUUGCCAUUUCUUCAAGUAAAAGCUCACACAUUUCUGUUUUAUCUUCGGGGCUUUGUUGUUUCUGUUGAUUUGGACAAAUUCAAAGGGGUGUUCAGGCUUUAAGAAGAGAAGAUAUGAGAUAAGAGCAAACGGGAAGUUUCUUGCUUUUUUUCUUUGAGAUUGCAGCGAAGAAAAGAGGAAAAGAAAGAAAUUUGGAGCAGAGCCCAGAAAGGAUUUUGUUGAUAAUUUUCAAGAAUGAUUAAUGUUAUGCAUUCAAUGAACAAGCCCUUGGACCCUCAGCUAUGGCAUGCCUGUGCUGGUGGGAUGGCCCAAAUUCCACCAGAAAAUUCCAAGGUCUAUUAUUUCCCUCAAGGUCAUGCUGAACAUGCCAAUAAGAAUGUUGAUUUUGGUGUAUUUCCAAGAAUUCCAUCUCUCAUACUCUGUAGAGUAUCCUCCAUUAAGUAUUUGGCUGAUGCUGAGAGUGAUGAGGUUUAUGCAAGAAUUAGAUUAGUCCCACUGUCAGGGAAUGGAUUCGGAGAUGUUAAUGAUGAUGAUGAUGGUAUUGGAUUCUUGGGAUUUGAUAAGAAUGAGGAGAAGGAGAAAACCAAUUCAUUUGCAAAGACCUUGACACAGUCUGAUGCUAACAAUGGUGGGGGUUUCUCUGUCCCAAGAUACUGUGCUGAGACCAUAUUUCCUAGGUUGGAUUACUCGGCUGAGCCCCCGGUCCAGACCAUCUUGGCUAAGGAUGUUCAUGGGGAGGUUUGGAAGUUCAGACACAUCUAUAGAGGGACGCCCCGGCGCCAUCUUUUGACGACCGGGUGGAGUAACUUUGUGAACCAGAAGAAGCUUGUGGCGGGGGAUUCGAUCGUGUUCUUGAGGGCGGAAAAUGGAGAUCUCUGUGUCGGUAUACGGAGGGCGAAGAGGGGGAUCGGUGGUGGACCUGAGGUGGUUUCAUGUGGAUGGAAUGCGAAUUGUGGCUCGCCGUUGUAUCGUGGUUUCUCCGAAUUUCUUGGCGAAAAUGGGAGUCUUUGCAUUGGAAAUGGUAAGAAAGGGGACGGAGCUUGUAAGUUGGGAUUGAAUUUGAGGGCUGAAUCUGUUGUGGAAGCAGCAAAUCUUGCUGCCAAAGGGCAGCCGUUCGAGGUCGUCUAUUAUCCUCGUGCAAGCACACCGGAGUUUGUUGUUCGGGAGUCCUCUGUUAGGGAUGCAAUGAGAGUCCAUUGGUGUGCAGGGAUGAGGUUUAAGAUGGCUUUCGAGACGGAAGAUUCGUCCCGGAUAAGCUGGUUCAUGGGAACUAUAUCUUCGGUUCAGGUGGAUGACCCCAUUCAUUGGCCUAAUUCACCUUGGAGACUUCUUCAGGUGGUUUGGGACGAACCCGAUUUACUACAAAACGUGAAGCGAGUGAACCCUUGGUUGGUUGAAUUGGUAUCGAGUAUCCCAGCCAGCCAUCUUUCUCCCUUUUCUCCACCAAGAAAACGGCCACGGAUUCCUCAACCAUCAGAGUUUCCCCUCGGCCAGCUUCCGUUGCCGACACUCCUUAGCAACCCCAUCAGCCCCUUCUGUUGUUUACCCGACAACAUUGCCACAGGCUUACAGGGAACCAGGCAUGCUCAAAUUGAACUAUCUCAAUCAGAUCUCCAGUUCAAGAAGCUUCAGCCAUUUGAUUUCAAGCUUCUUGAUUAUGCUAACAACCGUUUCCAAAACCCCAACUCAGAUGCCUUAUCAUGCUCGCUGAAAAACGGGAGCCCUACUCGGAAGCUAAACAAGAACGGUGAUGCCAAGAUGGCCAAUUUCCGUUUGUUUGGUCAGCCAAUUCUCACCGCAGAGCAAGUCUCCCGAAGCUACUCUGUGGACACAGAAGGCAACAGUUUGUCUGAUGGGAAUCAUGAGACGAUGGCUAAUGUAUCCAAUGGCUCGGGAUCAGCUGUCAUUCAAAAUUUUCCACCUGAAGCCUCAUCAGACGGAGAGUUUCCAAGGUUCAGUGAUCAAAAACUUGAUCUUGGCUUGGGGACAGGACAUUGUAAGGUAUUUGUGGAGUCUGAGGAUGUUGGCCGGAUCCUUGACCUGUCGGUUCUUGGCUCUUAUGAAGAGAUGUACCGAAGACUGGGAGCCAUGUUUGGCAUGGAAAGAUCGGAGAUGACGAGCAACGUGUUGUAUACCGAUGCAGAAGGCGCCACCAAACACACCGGAGACGAACCGUUCAGUGAUUUCGUGAAGAAAGCUAGAAGGCUGACGAUUCUUACAGAUUCAGGCAGCGUUAAUCUUGGGAACUAGAUGAAAUUUGAUCCUUUUCAUUUGUACAGUUGAAUCAACUGUAGGCUUAAUUUGCAUUUGGAAACUUGUGGGAAAAGUCCCUUCAAACAAUUUUUCGAUUUCUGCUGAGAAUUUAAGGGCAAUGAUUCAUAUGUUUCUCAUAUAUUCUUGGAAAGAUUAAAUAAAAAUGUUACUAU